UCGCGCUUUCCCUUACGUGUGAAAAGGAAUUGCCAUUGUUGGGUGUCGCGCGUGCGUGCGAUUCAGAAAAUAAUUCCUUUCUGGGGAGGGAGCUACGCAAAUGGGAAAUGGCUAAAGAUGUCAAAGUAACGCCACCAAAAGUCUCUACCAACAGAGAGAGGAAAAAGAGAAGGCUUAAGAGAUAAGUUAGGCCGCUGAGCUGUUGUGCUAGACGAUUGAUGGCGCUCUAAAGAAGAACACUGAUCAUAAAAAUUUUUUGUUUAUACAUCCGAUAACGGGAAUUUUAAAGAGCGAAGAGCUUUUUGUGUAACUCGUUGCCAUGCUCCACAUGUACACAAAGCUCGUUUCACUAAUUUCAAAGUUUGAAUCCCUAAUUCAUACAAGAGAAAUUCAUUAAAUUACGGGUCACGAAGUCAUUUCACGAUAAAACGUUAGAGUAUCCCUUUCUUCACAAAUCACAGCGAGCGUGGGGCGAGGCGAGGAUACUAGUGUCCAAUCCUUCGCGCGGAGUUAACAAAAUGGCCGCUGAAGUAGGAAGUUUCAAUGUUAUUUUCUUUAUUUUGUGCUAUACUAUGCGUUAUAAUGCGAUGCAGACAAAAAGUUUAUUUCCUGAACAAAUGCUUUGCAAUGAGGUGCUGCACAAUAAAGAGUCAAUAUUGUACAGACUUCAUAACUUAGAGAAAGAGGUUCAGUAUGAACUACGGAUAUCAUACCCAGCAACUACUCCUAGUGAAUUCCUGAUAAAACUGCUUGAUGAUGAAGAUCACUCGCCUCCUAGCAAAAGAAGACUUCUCAAUACUGAGAAGAUAUCAUUUGUGAUAGAUAAAGGAUAUAAUAUGUUUGCUCAAGUAACAGCAGUGCGGACUGGACAUCCUAACAGUCUAGACAGCCUUAACAAUCCUGUAGUUUAUAGCAUAGUCGUUGAGAGGCUCUACGUGGGGCUGACAUGGGGGGCAUGGAAACUAGGCAUGAUCACAAUCUUCGCAGUGACACUGACAUUAAAGUUAAUCCUGCCGAAUAUUAUUACUUUCAUGGAACAAGAAAUUAUUAGUUUGCAAAAACAAAAUAGGUAAUUGUGACUACCCUAAUUAUGCAAAUAGCUAAAUAGCUUAUAAAGGUCUAAAAAGUAAGUUAGAAAUAUUAAACUAAAGAUAUUAAUUUCUGUUAAUGACCAACAUGAACAAACAAACUUUUAAAACGAUUUUUUAAAAGAAAUGUCCCUUCUGUUUUUGCAAAGCAAUGUUUUAUUUAAUAGGAAAAAAAGACUAUAAAAGUCUCCUUUCUUAUUGUUUGUUUACAUGUAUAAGGUUUAUUUCCCUCAUGGUGUGUGCUUAUUUAUAUAACAAAACAGCCAGGCUAAUAUGCUGAUAAUAUACCAACUGAAUAUAGUCUAGGUUAGAAUGCCACUAUGUCUGCUGGUCAUAGUCCCUAAGGAUGUAUAAAUACAGUGCAAACCUCUGCUUAGAGUUAACGGUUUGCAAAUAGACCAGGAAUAAUUUAGGAAGAUCAUAGAAGUAUUCACAAUUUUUUGCAUUAUGGAAUUUGUCCCAGACCAAGGCUUGUACUGUAUUCAUGCAUCCUAAUCCAUCUGUUUUAUCCAUCUGGAUCAUUAAUCUGGACUAUUGUAACAUUUGAUGUGCCAGUUUUGAUCCUAGUGGUGAAAUAUCUAACAUAAUGAUUUGGAAUUAACUAAAUGAUUAUUCACCCAAGAUCAGGGUAACGACUGCUAGACUGCCUAAAAUAGAGAAAGUACCAUUUUUCAUUCUCUCAACCUACUGACCGCUUCUGCCCCCACUAGCAAUAUCUGCGUGACCUAUAUGUGAUGGUAAUGGUCUGUCUGCUUUAGCUAGAUGCUAGGUAAGACCACGCCAUAGUCUUCGUCUGUCUCAAGACCAACAUCUUCCUGAGAUAAAUUAAAACAGUAGACCAGUAUAUACCAGAGAAUAAGCCUGCAAGUCCCCCCACCCCACCCCAAUGGCUGUUAGUAAGACGUAACACAAAAAUGGUGGAAUCCGUCAACUACAAUUUAUAAAAUAAUUGAGAUGGGAAGUACUAGACCUGUGGUCUUGUUCUCCACUGAUCUGCUCUUUUUGUGUGUGUUUUUUUGGGGGAGAAUUUGAGAGCAGAUCAGUGGAGCACAAGACCACAGGUCUAAAGCUUCACAUCUGCUAGAUAAUUCCCCAAACAAACACCUCGUUUUUCAAAACUCAAUGAAGGCACGCAAAGAAUAUUUAUUCUUAAAUGCAUUUUGAAUUAGGAAGAAGUUAUCUAAGAUGAAAUGACCGAACAUUAGGGAACUUAAAGUCAGUGUGAGUAAGCAGCAGGAAGUUCAAGUUGGCAGAGUUCCACUGUACAUAAUAUACAAAUUACAAACACCAGCUUUUAUAGCUAUCAACUUAAAAAAAUACAAAUCAAAAAAUUAAAAUCUAACCACCCCUAAA